AUAUCAAAGUACACGUGUGAUACGUUACUCUUUAAAAUUGUUUACUUAAAGGGUUUAGUUAAAACUCUUUAUAUCAUGAUAAAAGUAAUAUAGUAGCAUAGAUUGACCAAAAUUUAUUGUAGUAACAAAUGAAAGUGAAAAAUAUUGAUGCAAAGCUCUACAUAGACUAAUUUGUUUAGCCGAGUAAUAAAAUGAUUGCCAUUGGAUUUGAAGGCAGUGCCAACAAAAUAGGGAUUGGUAUCGUCAAAGAUGAUGAAGUUUUGUCAAACGUUCGCCACACGUACAUCACUCCUCCGGGGCAAGGAUUCCUUCCAAGAGAAACUGCCCAGCAUCACAGAGAACAUGUCCUUCCAGUUUUGGAAAAGGCAUUGGAAGAUGCAAAGAUAACUUUGAAAGACGUCGAUGUGGUCUGCUACACAAAGGGACCUGGUAUGGGUGCACCACUGACAGUCACUGCACUUGUGGCAAGGACUGUAGCUCAAAUGUACAACAAACCAAUAGUAGCCGUUAAUCACUGUGUGGGGCACAUAGAGAUGGGACGACUGAUCACCAAAAGUGAGAAUCCCAUUGUGCUGUACGUUUCCGGAGGAAACACACAAGUAAUUGCGUACUCCGAGCAGAGGUACAGGAUAUUUGGGGAAACGAUUGACAUCGCCGUUGGCAACUGCUUGGAUCGUUUCGCUAGGCUGUUGAAUUUGUCCAAUGAUCCCAGUCCUGGUUACAAUAUCGAGCAACUGGCCAAAAAAGGUAAAAAGCUGGCCCCACUGCCUUACGUCGUCAAAGGGAUGGACAUAUCGUUUUCAGGAAUAUUAAGUCAUGCCGAGGAGCGCAUAGACAAUUGGCUCAAGUCCAACGAAUAUACUCCUGAGGAUUUAUGUUUUUCGUUGCAAGAAACGGUGUUUGCAAUGCUGAUUGAAAUUACCGAGCGAGCCAUGGCCCACGUGGGCUCGAGCGAAGUGCUGAUAGUCGGCGGGGUCGGCUGCAACGAGCGCCUCCAGGCCAUGAUGGGCGUGAUGUGCGGGGAGCGCGGGGCCACGCUCUACGCCACCGACGAGAGGUUUUGCAUCGAUAACGGGGUGAUGAUCGCCGUAGCGGGACUAUUGCAGUUUAAGGCGGAUGGUAGAGGCACCCCCUGGAUGAAGACCAAUUGCGUGCAGAGGUUCCGCACGGACGACGUGCUGGUGAGUUGGCGGGAUUGA